UGUUUGACGUUCUUCUUUGCAGUUUGAUUUCAUUUCUUUCCGCAUGCUGAGAACGCACUUUUCUCCACAAUGGCUGCCUCACCUGACGCCGCAGAGCAGACGACCCUUACUGACCAGACUCCAUUCCUACGCUCCCAGUCCACGAACCCUACUACGUCCCACCGCACUCCCCCUCCGGUCUCAGACGUCUCAAGACAACCGAGCAGUGUCUCGCCCAUGACAGCUCAUCGUCGAGCGUCCUACUUUAACUUCACAGACCCCAAUGCAGCAGCAGCAGCAUCUUUUUCGGCGGACUUGGAGUACACACUUACUACUGGCCCAGGGCUUUUAACUCCGCAAUCUGGCUCUGGAAACGAAGCGAGUCAAAGAGGCGACGACACCACGGAGACGUUGAGGAUGCCUCGUAUAUCAACGGAGCAGCAGAUUCGGAAUGGUGAUGAAUCACACGGACUUGAAGAGGCUUGGUUUGCUCCGCAGGCAGUAUCCUCGCCAUUCCCUUUCGAUGACGACGAAGAGUCCCAUGCGACUGGAUCUACUCAGUCGCUGAAUGCAGGGCGUCCUCUACUUGCACGGAGUGUGACUGCCGACCCGCGUCUUGAAUUAAGCGAACCCCAGCGGAAAGGUGUUCUCUCAAGCUUUCGAUCACGACGACUUCCGACCGACGAGACAGUCGAGCCAUCGAUUUCCCAGGCAGCGACCAGACGCAAGAGCAAGAAAUCGUCCAAAGGGGAACUUGGGCAAUCUGUUCAGGAGAUCCGAGUAGGUGAAACGCCAAGAGAGUCGGUGUCAACUCGCCAAGAAUCCGCCGUAUAUGACGGCGACGAUGUAUGUGUCCGCUCGCCUGUUGGAUACGGACUGGAUUUUGAAGCAAUCGGCGAUGUAUUGGGGUCCGCGCAAGCUCUUCCCCAAGGCAAAGAUCGGAAGAAAAGUUUGUAUCAGGAGGAAUCUUCACCGCGCUUUGUGUUUUAUUCUCAGAAGACCGGGAUAGUUCGCGGUCAGUCGUUGGACAGUCUCACGCUCCCUAGUGGAGGUGGGCCUAUUUCUGAAAUCCUACGUUCGGGACCGUUCUGGAUAGACGUGACGGAUCCCAGCCAUACUGAGAUGGUGACAUUCAGCAAGCUGUUUGGUAUUCAUCCCUUGACAACCGAGGACAUUCAGACCGAGGAGACACGUGAAAAAUGCGAGAUAUUUAUCAAUUAUUCGUUUAUAUGUAUACGGACAUUCGACCAGAACCAAUACAGUGUGACGUUCAUGCAGCCGAUUAAUGUGUACAUUGUGAUUUUCAGGGAAUGUGUUUUGUCGUUCCAUUGCAAGCCGAUAGACCAUAUAAACAACGUUUUAAAACGCAUUGAACAACUGAAGUCAUACGGUCUUAAUAUUACUCCAGACUGGAUAAACUACGCGCUGAUUGACGAUAUUACGGACACAUUUAUGCCUCUCCUCCGGUUUAUCGAGUUGGAAGUCGACUCUAUUGACGAUUUGGUACUCAUUCUCAAGGAAUCUGAGCAGAGUGAUAUGCUGCGGCGAAUUGGGCAUGCGCGCAAAAAGGUAAUGCAGAUGUUACGUCUGCUGAGCACUAAGGCGGAGGUAUUACGGACGAUUAUCAAGCGGUGUGGUGAGAGGCUACCAGCUGAUAGUGAGACGUCACUGUAUUUGGGAGACAUACAAGAUCAUGUGAUUACAAUGGUGCAAAACUUGUCCCACUACGAGAAGACCUUAGCAAGGUCCCAUUCCAAUUACCUGGCCCAGAUUUCCAUUGAAAUUACUCAAGCCUCGAACCGAACAAAUGAUGUUGUGAUGAAAAUGACGGCCAUGGCUAGUAUUUUGUUGCCGUUGAACGUUGUAACUGGGCUCUUUGGUAUGAAUGUAACAGUACCUGGUGAACAAACGGGCACCCUCCACUGGUUCAUUGGGAUUGUGGUCUUUAUGGUAGUCAUCGCGACAUUUGUGUACUGGUGGGCGCGAAAGUAUAAGCUUGUCUGAUGGGACAUUCUUUACGAUUUUGUAUUGGUUUUUGUGCAUAACCAUCCCCAAUUCAUCACUUAGUAAGCGGGGGGAUCGCACUUUUACUUAUUUACAAGUGCUCAAUUUUGGAUAUGAUUUACCAUACACAGUGAACAGCUAUGUUAAAAAAAAUACAAUGAGACGGCCUUAUCCAUCAGCGGUUGACUC